AAGCUUUUAUUUUAAAAGAUAAUACAUUUCAAACAUACCAGUUAAGAGAGGGAAAACAUCUGAUGCUACACACAUUGUUCACACGUAGGCCGUCCAACUGAUUUGAGAUGUCUAAGCUAAUUAACUACUACAUUGACAUGUUGCUCCUGUUCUUUUGUCUGACCGAAUUAGUCGAUUCUUUAGUCGAAGAUUUCGGGUAUGUUGAUGCUUGGUGCAGGAUCCGAUCCAGAGAUUUACAUGACCUGGAGUACAUUUUAGAGCAUCAUAUCAACAAGCAGAUGGUGGCUCAAUACAACAGCACUACAGAGAGGUGGAAAGGAUACACAGAGUAUGGAGAGAUGUCUGCAAAAUUAUGGAACAACGAUCCUGAUGAGGUCCCCCGGAGGACGUUGGAAAAGAAUGUGUUAUGUACGCUAAACGCACCUGUGAUCUAUGACAACGUAGAAGCAUUUAUGGUUCCACCAAACGUGACUUUGAGGCAAGAUGGGCCGCCAAGCAACCCCAGCCUCGUGUGUAGCGUCCGUUACUUCUAUCCUAAAGACAUCACAGUUACCUGGCUGAGGAACGGACAGGAAGUGACCUCAGAUGUGACCACCACGGGCCAACUGGCCAACGGGUUCUGGAGUUACCAGAUCCACUCCCACUGGAAGUACACUCCCACUGCAGGAGACCGAAUCACCUGUAUGGUGGAGCACUUCAGCCUAUCCGAGCCCAAACUGUAUGACUGGGACCCCUCCCUUCCUGAGUCUGAGAGGAGGAAGAUUGUCAUUGGAGCUUGUGUACUGAUGUUAGGGUCGGUCUUCCUAGCAGCUGGACUUGUUUUCCGGAACAGAUCUACUGAAUGGCCAAUGGAAACGACUGGUGCUGUUAACUAUGCUACGAUAAGUGGAUGAUAUCCAGCCAAUAUCCCAUCCCUGACAUUUAAUUACAGUUGGGCACUCACAUUGGACUGAUCUGAGUGUGAAUGGAAAUUGAUUUUGAAAUACUUUUGUAAAUCCAUUCAACCAAAAGUGCAAGCGAGUUUUACAAUGAACAUACAGUGCAAAUUUGGUUUCUUUAUAUCUUGAAUAAAGACACACGGU